AUGCCAAAACGCACGCGUGACAAUGCUGGCCUGCUUGAGGCACAGCCUCCUUCGAAGCGAAAAAUGGUAUUUACUCUCGCCGCUCCCAACGAAGAGGAUCAAGAGCGCCAAAAGCCCAGAGAGCGUCGAACGUCAAUUAGAAGCCUCGUUCAUUCCUUCAACAAACUUCGCCUCGACACUCCACCCAUCAAGACACUACCACAGGAGCUCCUCCUCCAGGUGUUCGGGCACCUCCUCAUUCCAACGCUCAUUCGACCGGCCAUGCUUACAUUUCCAGACGAAGAAGGCGAGACUAUCAAGGGGUAUUGCACCGCAGCCGUCGAUCGCAAGGACUUGCUCAGUGUCUCCCUUGUCUGCCGCAGUUUUAAGAUGGCCGCCACGACCCUCCUCUACCGCUGCGCAAACCUCACAACCGCCAAAUCACCAGGGAAACUCCUGCUCACCUUGCUGGCCCAUACCGGACUGCGACCUCUCAUAAAAAAGAUCGUAAUGCCCACUUACUUGGGGAUGAUCGCGUCACGCUUCGCCUUCGCCUUUUCCCAUGACACAACCAAUACAAGAUUCGGGUAUCCUUUUUCUAUUAUUCCGCAAGGGGCUCUACCAGAGGAGAUCUUUUCAGAAUGUGGUGAAUACCUUGGUGGCUGCCUACUGAGGCUCAUUCUGGAGCUCGUGCCUCAGCUGCGGGUUCUCAACAUCCCGCAAACGAACCUUCUUGGCGGACCAUUCACCAAGAACCUCGUUCUGCAGCACCUGACCAUGCUGCGCAUCACCCUAAUGGCACCGAGCGAGGCGAUAUUCGUCAGCUCUCCUUGGUCUCAAGCGUUCAGCACGUUCAAGUGGCUGUCACCAGAUUUCAUUAUCCUUCACUUUCCCGCUCUAGUGCGCCUCGUUAUAGAGUCGGAAACUCGUACUUGGGGGGCCUAUCUCGUGAAUGCAGAGAAGGAAGAUGAAAUUCGGCCAGGGAAGUACGUUAAGUCUCUCGGGACGAAGACAACGCACCCAAACUCCCCAGCCCUAGCAGAAUGGGACCUCAUGAGCCUGUCGCAGCCCAUCUUCCACCCAUCAAAGCUCCACACUCUGUAUUUCGACAGCCCAGGCAGGCGAUGCAGUUCCGUCUGUGAAUUUGCCCGUUCCGAGAAAUGGGACCUCAACCGCUUCCUCGAGUCCACGGGCAGCGGCCUCCGCACCCUCUCGCUGGACUGGGAGUGGCGUCACUACGACGGCGUCCAGGGUCACUACUUCGGCGCCGCCCGCCGCCUCACCACGCUCAGCGGGCUCGCGAACCUGACGCACCUGACCGUCUCGCUGCAGGCCCUCUUUGACACCGCCGAUCACUUCAACGACAAGGUCGACGACAUGAGGAAGAACCCGGAGGCGGAAUUGGAGCGGCUGAUCCCGGCAUCGCUGCAGACGCUGCGCAUAUCCGAGUUCCUCCAUGACGUCGUGCCCGAGUACCUCGUGCGGUACAACCUGGAGGAGGACAGCGAUGAGGACCUGGAGGAGGAGAACGAGCGCUUCGCGGAGCACAACCGCUCCGUCUACUGCUUCCUGAAGACAUUGCAGACCCGCUGGCUGCUGCGAGGUGAGGGCAGGGAGCUGUGGUUCCGGCGGUACGAUAUGCUGGACCAGUACGCGCGCGCGUCUGGCGCUUCUAUGGGCCGAAAAGGACUCGAUUGGGUCUUGGGGUACCAGCCCGAGGGGAGCCGGGGGUUUGAGCGUGUCCUACAUCCGCCGGAGAAUGAAAGGAGGGUGUGGUAUGAGUCUGAUGAGGAGGAUGAGAAUAGUGGUCAGGAAAAUGAUGGUGAGGACAAGGCUAGUAGUGUUGGCGAGGACGGUGAUGGGGACAGCGAUGGAGAGAGAGUCGCGGUUUAUCAGGACGACAAGUUGGUGCUUGUGUGA